AUUAAAAGUUGAUUCAAUGGGCUAUUUCGAAUUUGUCCGCCUUUAAUGAAUACUAGGAAUUUGAUUGACAUUAAUUAAGAACUAGAAAAUUUUUUUGUGAUAAAAAAUUUCUCUAAUUCCGUCAAGUAACUUAGUUUGUAGUAGCAUUGACUAAAUUAGGCAGGUCCUUAAAUGUAAACUUAACCUAUUCACUUAGCUUCCUAAUCUUGUGAUGUAAGGGAAUUAUUGAAACUGAUCCAUUUUUAAUAAGUUGACAAAAGCAGUGUUGGGGAAAAGAUUGCAUUUAGGAAGUUGAAAUUGGACACAUCCUCCAGUUACCAGAAAAGAGGACUAACUUACAGUUUUUAUUCUUGGCUAACUUAGAUGACAAGACAGGUCCAAGGAAGUGCUUGUUGAACGCUGUUGUAGCUGGAACGCUGGAAGAGUUGGGCAACUCCAGGAGUGUUGGCUAAAUUAAUUGUUCAACGGAAAUCGUUCAAUUAGGACUACCUGUUUGGUAGGUGGAGUGAUCAACAGCCAUGGCAGAAGCUCACUCAGCCGUAGCCUUCUCCUUCUCCAUAACUCACGAGGGCUGGGACGUCAAUGUAGACAGGGAGGUGCUCCAUCUGGUGUGGGACUCUGGUGUCAGGUCGUGGAAGAAGCGGCUCGCUAGGUUCAAGAACAACAUAAAGAAUGGCAUUUUCCCGGCACCUCUACAGAGUCUAUGGGCCACCAUGGUGCUGGUGGCAGGGCUGCACUUUGCUGGCGUCAAACUACCCAUGUACAACUACAUACUGUCAUUAUUGCCUGAAGAUAACCUAAAUUACCAGGUGGCGGCGUGUAUGAUUCUGUCGCUGGUCGUUUGGUUGGGAAUCAUUUACGCAAUAAGAUAUCUCCUCAAGUUUCUGCUAAUGUACAAAGGAUGGAUGUAUGAAGAGAGAGGCAAGGACCGGACCAUCUCACUCAAGACCAAGAUGUGGCUGAUGGGGGUCAAACUGUUGUCUGGGGCGAGCAAGCCUAUGUUAUACAGCUAUCAGGGAUCUCUGCCUCGGCUACCUCUACCCUCUGUAAAGGACACAAUGCAUCGGUAUCUGCGGAGCGUCCGACCGUUGCUGGACGAUGCUCAGUACUCCAGGAUGGAGAAAUUGGCAAACGAGUUUGAGAAUGGGAUUGCUGUGAAACUACAACGAUAUCUCAUGCUGAAAUCAUGGUGGUCCAGCAACUAUGUGUCAGAUUGGUGGGAGGAAUACGUGUAUCUGAGAGGGAGGUCCCCACUGAUGGUCAACUCAAACUUCUACGGCAUUGACGCCAUCUUGAUGCAUCCCACCACCAACCAGGCAGCACGAGCAGCUACCAUCAUUCACACGGCUUUACAGUACCGACGGCUGAUCGAACGACAGGAGCUUGAGCCUAUCCUGAUCCAAGGCCUGGUGCCGCUGUGUUCGUGGCAGUACGAGAGAGUGUUCAACACAACGAGAGUUCCCGGGGUCGAGACGGACAAGAUUGUGCAUUACAACGACUCCAAACACAUUGUGGUCUACCACAAGGGCAGAUACUUCAAGGUGCCCAUCUACUUCAAAAAGAGGAUCCUUCUGCCCAGUGAGAUUGAAAUUCAGAUGAAUUACAUUCUGCAAGACACGAGUGCCCCAGCAGUCGGUGAGGAGAGGUUGGCAGCCCUGACUGCAGGAGAGCGCACUGCCUGGGCCAACGCAAGGUCCGAGUUCUUCUUCAAGGGCACCAACCGUGCAAGCUUAGACGCAAUUGAGAAAUCUGCUUUCGUUGUUGCUCUGGAUGAUGUGCCUUACGAGUUUGACGAGACUGAACCUACAAAGUUGGACAACUACGGACGCAUCCUACUCCAUGGAAAGGGCUAUGACCGAUGGUUUGACAAGUCUUUCACUCUCUGUAUUGGGACCAACGGCAGAAUUGGCUUCAACGCAGAACAUUCCUGGGCGGAUGCAGCCGUAAUGUCUCACUUCUGGGAGUACGUCGUGUCCGAUGAAACAGUCAACAUGGGAUACAGGGAGGACGGCAGAGCUCUCGGUAACCCAGAGUUCAACCCUCCGCCCACCCCUGUGAGACUGCAGUGGGACUUGCAACCCCCGGCAUUGGCUGCCAUAGACAGGUCUUACCAGGUGUCCAUGUCUUUGCUGAAUGAUGUUGAUCUGAGGAUCUACUUGCACUCUGCCUAUGGCAAAGGCUUCAUGAAGGAGUCGAGAGUGAGCCCAGACGCCUAUAUACAGAUGGCUCUACAGUUGGCCUACUUCAGGGAUGCUGGUAGAUUCAGCCUGACUUACGAGGCGUCCAUGACCAGACUGUACCGGGAGGGUCGCACAGAGACUGUACGACCUUGCACUAUAGAGUCUGCAGCUUGGGUGCGAGCUAUGCAAAACAAGUCAUCUUCAACAGAGGAGAGGAUCAAGCUGUUACAUGCAGCCUGUCAGCAACACCAGAGAGGCUACCAGGACGCCAUGUGUGGUAAAGGCAUCGACAGACAUCUCUUCUGUCUCUACGUAGUCUCCAAGUAUCUGGAGGUCGACUCUCCAUUUCUCAAGGAGGUGUUGAGUGAACCGUGGAGACUGUCUACGUCUCAGACGCCUCACGGACAGACGUCUAAGCUAGACCUGCGCAAGUACCCUCGCUGCAUCUCUGCUGGCGGAGGCUUUGGCCCUGUAGCAGACGACGGAUACGGAGUCUCCUACAUCAUCGCUGGGGAGGAUCUGCUGUUCUUCCACAUCUCCUGCAAACGUAGCUCCAACCAGACGAACGCAAGUAGAUUCGCCCAGCAAAUAGAGCGAGCAUUGGCCGACAUGAGGAAUUUGUUUACGGAUUGGAAGGAGCUACAAAAGAAGUCAAAGACCCAAUAACAAACACUGAACCGUACAAAAGCAUCGGCGGUGCACUAGUUUCUUCGGGGAGAAGGUUUUCAUCAACUAGUACAAACUUAGGCAAUCAUAUCUACUUAGAAGCUAGAACUUAUGACUGUUAGAUUCUACAUGAUGGUAAAGUGUUCUAAAGAAUCAUCACAAAUAAUAGUUCAUAUGUCGUUAGGUAAGUUUUAUGAUUUUCUUUUUGUAGAGAUGAACAUGUGCAGAGUUUUGGAUGUUAUGUUUUUGACCCUGUGCUCUAUAUCGUGGUUUGAGUCUUGUUAGUUGUAUAUCACUGAUUUUACUGAUAAAACUCGACUUUUUAAGUCAAUCUUUUUUAAACCUGAUGGUGGUAUUUUGGGAAAAAAACAAUUAACGCUGCGCUUAAAUUUUUUAUUACAGGGUGUCCCAUUAGUAAACAGUCUAACAUUCUGAAAUUUUUCAUUUUACCAAGUUGAUUUUUUCUAACAUAGGUUGUUUGUACCUUAACAUACUAAGUUUUCUAAAGAUCGGUUCAAAUAAUACAAAAAUAAAAAUGUUUAUGUGAAAAAUACAAAAUGACGGAUACCUGUUUAACGAAGCGAUUUUGUGAAAAAUAUUAUUCCUGAUUAACUCUUUAUUUUACCUCUCAAACUAUUUCCCGGAGUUUAGCUUUUUACUUAUAGGACACCCUGUAUAAUAAUUGAAAACUCAUCUAAAUAUCCCAGUAACAUCUAAAGGAGAUCUUAAAAUAAGCAAACAAAAAUAUUUUGUUUGCCCAACCUGAUCUAGGGAACCAAUCAAAAUAUAGUUUUAGUCAAUAAUAAAUUUAACUAUUAAUUUUAAACAUUCAAUCAUGUAUCUGGCCGCCUAUGUAUACUUUCUAUCUAGUAUUUUGUAUUUAAUGGAAAGUUUUAAUUAUCAGUAGCAAAUUUAACACGUAAUUAAAUCUAGUAUAUAUAUUCCUGUAGAAAAAAUGUUUUUUAUUAGAAACGAAAACUUCUUUAGGUAAUGUUAAAAUGUAAGUGCGAUGAGAUAUAAAUCCUUAAUUUGAAAUAGGUCCACUUAUUUUUUGAACAAAUUUUUGUAGAAUUACCAAAGAUAGUGGCACUUUGGGUACUCUGUCAAUGAUUUUAAUAUUAUAAUAUAACUUUAUUAGACUGGAUUUGAUAGAAUAGGAAAUAUGAGAGAGUUUACUUUAUUCGUUAUGUAGAAUUCAAAUCAAUUUACAUUAUAAAUUACUGACUGUGAGUCAUUAACAACAAAUCAUUACUUGAGGUCAGUUUUACCAUAGACAAAAAGAAUUAAAUAUAGACCGUCAGCUGUGCUACGGUUACCAUAGGUUCUGGCGCACAUGCUACGUAGCUACACGGCACUCCCAGCGGUGUGCGCCAGAACCUUUGGUAACCAUGGUAACUGAGCACGGCUGACAGUCUAUAUUUAAUUAUUUUUGUCUAUGGUUUUACUUGUAACGCCACCUACUUCACUAAUAAAUCAAAAAGUUUUGAAACAUAUCAGUGUAACCACUGGACCAGUAUUAAAUCCGUAGUAUUUUAUAUACUUUUUUAACCCAUAUAUAUUGAACAUCAGUAUUUUAAAGAAACAUUGUCAAUUUAUAGCCUACUAUCACAACUGUCGAGCGUCAGAAGUAUUAAAUGUUUUUUGUAAUUCUGUUUUUUUAUUGUUUAUAUUCACAUUUAAACAUUUUUCUGAUUAGUUUAUACCCAGUUUAUAUCAGUAUCAAGAUGGAAUAAGAAUAUUUAUACUUUUUUAAAUAUAAUUGUGAACUGUAUACAACUUAUACGAAUAAUAGAAUAGUAGUUCACGCAACGAUUGCGUAAAGAUGGUGUUAACGACACAAGUAGAAAAUUUAAGGUACGAGCCUUAAAAACUUCUACAAGUGUCGUUAACACUAUUUAUGCGAGUUGCGUACACUACUUUACCUACGACAGUGUUUUAAUUGCUAAAAUCACUACUCAUAACUUCUAAGAGAGGUUAUCUUUUCGUUUAUAACCUCUCAUUGCCACUGACAGUGAUGCAACGAAACAUUGUACCAAACACUAAUUGUACCAGUCAACAAUUAAAUUGGCCUGAACAGCUGAUUAGUUGAAGUUUGAAUCAUUACAAUUUUACUUCACUCUCAAUCCUUGAAUCUCAUUGGUCCGUUACCCGUGUUGUUAUGAGUAAAACUAUGUUGUUAUGAAAGUAAACAAUGCUGUGAUUAGAAAACUUUUCAAUUCUAAGAACUAAACUGAAACGGCUACUUAAAAAAACGGUCGUAGGUAAAAUAUUCUUUAAGCAUGUAUUUCAAUAUUAGUAUAAGACUGAAUGGUUUAUGGUUUUUGUGGAAGACCAAGAGUUUAUGUGCAUGAUUAAAAUAUGAUUUUAUUACUCACACAUUAAAUUAUUGAAUGAAAUGCUGCCAAAAACGAUUAAACAUCGGUUCGACUGAUUGUUGCCUUACGGCUGAUAUCAGCCUGAUCAUUCCGAGUGUUCAUUUACUGGUUCUAUACUAACAUAGCGUAUUGUAAUAGUAUGUAGCAUUGUAUAGCUGUAUACUUUAUUUGAUAUGGUGCUGUAUGCAAGUCCAAUGCAAAUGUAUAGAAAUUUGUGUAAAUUUGCUACUCCCCUGAGCUUUAAGGCAAGAUAUUUAGAUUGUGUCGGUUUGAUUUUGCUUUAACUUUUAUAUAAUUAAGUUGGACAUAUUCGAUCUGUGAAAAUGUUUAUUGCAAAUUGAGCUGUUGUUAGAGGAUCGAGAAGUAGUUUUUUAAAUUUUAUUAUAAUCAUGUUAACUUAAAGUAAACAUUGAUUUUAUGUUAAACCAUUUUAUAGAUAGGCUACCUAUAAGAAAAUUAUUGAUCAUUAUCCAUAGUGUUUUUCUAACUUUUUUUGAAGUAACCUUAAAGCUCAUAAAAUUAAUACCUUUUAUAUGUAUUUGUUAGAGGUUUAAGCUACACAAGCAAUGCAAUUCUGAUUGUAAAUUAUAUACGUAUAUAAAUGGACUCUAAUAAUACUAUGGUGAUGUAUCUGUUGUUUUUAGAUAAUUGAAUUUAUGUACAUCGAUUGUUGUGUCAUUAAACUUAUUAUUUCUUAUUGUUGA